UCCUCCUUCACAGACUCAUCGCUCUGUCAGCCCUGUGGCGGUGCUGUGUUUCGUAACGAGCCGUGGUGUCUCUUCUCCUCUCAGCCGGUCAGAAUGGCAGCGGUCAGGACUCUCAGGAAACUGUGCCAACACUCCCAGCAUCAAGUCUGUAAACUGCACCUGUCCGCCUCGAGACAGGAGGCGGUGGUCAUCUCAGGAAAGAAACUAGCACGGCAGAUUCGGGAGGAGGCCCGGGUCGACGUGGAGAAAUGGGUUUCGGCUGGCCACAGGAGACCCCAUCUGAGUGUGGUUCUGGUAGGAGACAACCCAGCCAGUCACUCCUACGUCCUGAAUAAGACUCGAGCUGCAGCUGAUGUCGGAAUCUCUAGUGAGACAAUUCUCAAGCAUUCAGACAUCAGUGAGGAGGAGUUAUUGGACCUGAUCUACAAACUCAACACAGACCAUUGUGUGGACGGCCUGCUGGUCCAGCUGCCUUUGCCAGACCACAUUGAUGAGCGCACAAUCUGUAACGCUGUUUCCCCUGCGAAGGACGUGGACGGCUUCCACGUAGUCAAUGUGGGUCGCAUGUGCCUGGAUCAGUCCACCAUGCUUCCUGCCACCCCCUGGGGAGUCUGGGAAAUUAUUAAACGCACAGGUAUUCCUACUCUUGGGAAGAAUGUUGUGGUCGCAGGACGCUCCAAGAAUGUGGGCAUGCCCAUCGCCAUGUUACUGCAUACAGACGGCCGUCAUGAGAGGCCUGGAGGUGACGCCACGGUCACCAUUUCUCACCGUUACACUCCAAAGGAGCAACUUCGCCAACACACUAAAAUCGCUGAUAUCAUCGUGGCUGCUGCAGGGAUUCCAAACCUCAUUACCGCCGACAUGAUCAAAGAGGGAGCCGCGGUGAUUGACGUCGGAAUUAACAGAGUGCAGGACCCAGUCACUGGAAAGAGCAGACUGGUUGGGGAUGUGGAUUUUGAAGGCGUGAGGCAGAAGGCAGGCUUCAUCACACCAGUACCUGGAGGUGUGGGACCCAUGACUGUGGCAAUGCUCAUGAAGAACACUAUCAAAGCAGCGAAGAACGUUCUGCUGUUCCCCCCAGAGAGGGUCCGCAUGGCAGCUGCGUCCUAAUGGGCCGAAGAAAAGCAACAGUGACACAUUCCAGCCCCUUCAACACCGCCACCCCAAUCAUUUUUUACUUGGAGCGACCCGACGAGCUCCCUUUGCACACGGACUGGAAAGAUGAUAGCUUUAAGGCUCUCUUCCCGCUGACAGCCCAGCCAGUCCAGCCAUUUGAGACUGUUACAUUCACUCAUGCAGCUGCGUGUUUAAUGUAACAGGGUUUUUAAAGUAUUUAUCAUUUGUGAUGUAUUUCUGUGGAGUUUUGGAGUUUUAAGGAAUCUUGAAAGAUUGUUUUAUUUAUUACUUACAGUGACAGACUAUUUAAACAAUAAAUGGAAGUAGAAUAUUUCACUCGAAGCUAGUAAGCAGUUAAUGCAGAGCAAGUGAGCCUAACGUGAGGGCUAACGUCAUCAGGAACAAGUGUGUUUAUCAAUAUACAAGCUUUAAAGAUUCACAAUUGCCUUUUGUAAAAACGUUUAAAUAAAUAUUAAGAAUAUGUUCUCACA